AUGAUCAUGCCUGGUAUUCGUGCAUGGACCCUUGUGGCCCUCGCUACGCUCGGUGUAUGGGCCAGCGAAGGUGCCGAUGGCGCUGCUGACUCCAAGGUCGUAGUGCUGACGAAGGACUCGUUCCCUGCCUUUGUGAACGAGCAGGCGCUCUCGCUCGUCGAGUUCUACGCGCCGUGGUGCGGUCACUGCCAGGCUCUGGCACCGCAGUAUGAAAUCGCUGCCAAGGAGCUUGUGUCUGAGAACAUCAAGCUUGCCAAGGUCGACUGCACGCAGGAAGAGGCUCUGUGUGGCGAGCAGGGCAUCUCGGGCUUCCCGACGCUCAAGGUGUUCCGCCACGGAUCGGCGACGCCGUACGCGGGCUCGCGCAAGUCGGAGGGCAUCGUGAGCUACAUGGUGAAGCAGAACAUGCCUGCUGUGUCGGACGUUACGGCGGCCAAUUUGGAAGACUUUACCGGCAAGGACAAGUUUGUCGUGGUGGCGUACCUGGACAAGGCUGACACCGAGUCGCACAGCGAGCUCAAGCGCUUUGCCGAAGAGGCGCGCGACAUGUUCCUCGUCGGUGUGUCGACAGACAAGGAGCUGGCCAAGGCCCAGGGUGUCAAGGCGCCUGCGCUCGUGGCGUACCGCGCGUUUGACGACCCUCGUGUGACGCAUCAGGCCCGGGGCAAGUCGCUCACGUCCGACGAGAUCAAGUCGUUUGUGCAAGUCGAGUCGCUGCCGCUCGUGAGUGAGAUUAGUGCCGACAACUUCUUGCAGUACGCGACGUCCGGUCUGCCGCUCGCCUACUACUUUGCCGACCCCGCCUCGUCGACGCUCGAGGACGAGGUGAAGAAGCUGGCCGACGUGGCCCGCGAGGUGCGCGGCAAGGUGAACCUGGUGUGGAUUGAUGCGACCAAGUACGGCUCGCACGGCAAGGCCCUGAACCUCAAGGGCGAUGCAUGGCCCGCGCUUGCGAUCCAGGACAUGGAGACGGGUGCCAAGUACCCGCUGAAUGACCUUGGCAAGGACAUUGCCGGCUCGGUGCGCUCGUUCCUGAGCAAGUAUGUGGCUGGCAAGUUGACGCCAAGCCUCAAGAGUGCGCCUGUGCCGAAGCAGACGUCGGCGCUGAUUGACGUCGUCACCGACGAGUUUGACAAGUGGGUGUUGGACGACAGUCGUGAUGUGCUUCUCGAGCUCUACGCUCCGUGGUGCGGUCACUGCAAGCGUCUUGCGCCGACGUACGAAAAGCUCGCUGAGCUGUACGCGGCCGAUGCGCAGGCCUCGAAGCAGGUGCGCAUCGCCAAGAUGGACGGCACUGAGAACGACCUGCCGCCGCACGCCGACAUCCAGCUGACGGGCUUCCCGACCAUCGUGCUCAAGCCCGCCGGCAAGCAUGUGCGUGAGUUUAUUGUGUACGACGGCGACCGCACGCUCGAGUCGCUCUCGGACUUUGUCGCGACGCAGGGCAAGAACAAGGCCAAGAUUUCGGUGCCUGCACCUGAGCAGCCUGUUAAGCACGAUGAGCUCUAA